AUGUCGACAUCAGAAAUGGAUAAAUUGGUUGAUGGAUAUGAAUUUAAAAAGAUAACUGACGAAUGCAAACAAGGAAACCCGCAACAACCUACACCUGAUGACAUUAUAUUAACGCCUAAACGAAAAUAUGAUGAUAUAGACAACGAUAUAUAUGAAGUUGAAAAUGAUGAAUUUCAAUCUAACCAUACUGAAGGAACUAUAUUGAUCAAAGCCUUGUUCUCUUAUAUUCAUGAUAAAUUUCUUAAAUUAAAUAAAACUUAUACUCGUCCUAUUGGUUUUGGUACUUGGUUUGUCGAUCAACAGGGCGGAUUAACAUGCUUUACAAAAGAAAUAGAAUUACUUGUAUACUUAUGGGAUGUUACUCAUUAUUCCGAAAAAUUAUUAAAUACAGUUAUUACACCUAUACCACCUAUUCAUUUACCUCCACAGCAUUCAAUAAUCUUUAAAUUUGUACCAACUUCAAUCUCUUUUGAUGAAUUGCAGGAGGCAAUAUCUGAUAUUUGUCAAGCAAAAUUUUUUUUAGAAGAAAUGAAAGGUUCGAUCUCGAAUAAAUCUCGUCAUAUUCGUUUAGACCUGGCUUCAAAAGAUGAAAUGAAAAAAUUGCUGAAUAGUGGUGUAUUUCCAUUAAAUGGACAAUUACUGGAAAUAAAGGAAUUUUUAGCACCACCACAAGUUCUUAUAUGUCAACGAUGUAAGCGACCAGGUCAUAUUAAAAAGGAUUGUGAUGGACAUUUCGAUCGAUGUAAACGAUGUGGGUUGGACAGAUCACAAGAUGAUCAUCAAAACUGUCCUAUAAAAUGUCAUCAUUGUGAAUGUCAACACCUGUCUACGGAUUAUCGAUGUCCAAUUAUUGCAAAAUUUAGAGGUGAUUUAAUUGAGGAACUUAAACGUAGACCGGAAUUAUUGCCAAGUAAUACGCAACUAUUCAUUCCAAUUGAUUUUAGAAAUGGUGGUAAAAAUGUAAUAAAUUCUAUACGAACUAAUCAAAUUCCUUUACAGACAUCUCUACUGAAUUCUAAUUCAAUUGAUUGGCCAGUACUCAAUCCAUCAUUAACUACAGCUAAAGGAAAUGUAUCAACUUUACAUAAUGAUAUGAUACAAGAAAUAAAAGCAUUAAGAUAUGAUUAUGAAAAAUUAAAAGCAGACUUCGAUCGUCGUGAAGCAGAACUAAUGAAUAAACAUGAGAAUUAUAAAACUAAAUUAAGCACAAUGUUAAAUCUUUGA